GACCGGCAUGAUGGAGUGCCCAGCCACAGUUCCAGGCUGUCCCAGCUGGGAUCCGUCUCCCAGGGACCCUACUCCAGCGCUCCUCCGCUCUCUCACACCCCAUCCUCGGAUUUCCAGCCGCCUUACUUCCCACCCCCCUAUCAGCCUCUUCCUUACCACCAAAGCCAGGACCCUUACUCCCAUGUCAAUGACCCCUACUCCCUAAACCCCUUGCAUCAACCCCAGCAACAUCCCUGGGGCCAGAGGCAGAGGCAAGAGGUGGGAUCGGAGACCGGGUCACUGCUGCCGCAGCCUCGGGCCGCCCUGCCCCAGCUCUCGGGCCUGGACCCCAGGCGGGACUACCACUCCGUGAGGAGGCCAGAUGUCCUGCUCCACUCAGCUCACCAUGGCCUUGACUCCGGGAUGGGGGACAGCCUUGCCCUGCACGGCAUCGGGCACCCGGGGAUGGAGGAGGUCCAGUCAGUUGAAGAUGCCAAUAACAGCGGUAUGAACUUAUUGGACCAGUCUGUCAUUAAAAAAG